GACUUUCCACUUUCAGAUCAUUAUAUAUCAAACUAUAUAUCCAACAUGAUUCCUUCCACAUUAGCCAUUCCUGCAAUUUUCCUUUUAACCUUGAUUUACGCUCUUACUAUCUUCUUGCGCCCAAACAAAAUUGCUCAGAAACGUCCUCCAGGUCCCCUGGCUCUCCCCAUUAUUGGCAACCUGCACUUGUUGGGCACACUUCCACAUCGCAACCUUCAAUCUCUGGCCAACAAAUAUGGACCCAUCAUGUACUUAAGGCUUGGACAGAUCCCAACCAUUGUGGUCUCUUCACCUGAAGCAGCCGAACUAUUCCUCAAGACCUAUGACCCUGUUUUUGCAAAUCGUAUUCAUACUCAGGCCACUGAUUACCUAUUUUACGGCUCCAAGGGUGUGGCCUUUUCCGAGUAUGGUUCAUACUGGCGCGACAUGAAGAAACUGAGCAUCCAACAUCUUUUCAGUGCUUCAAAUCACGAGUUGUUUGGUCAUCUUAGGGGGAAGGAGUUAAGAAUUAUGGUGAAGUCACUGGAGAAUGCUGCAACAAUGGGUGGGGUUGUGGAUAUCAGUGAGAAAGUGCAUGGGCUUUUAGAAGAUAUAGUUUAUAUGAUGAUAUUGGGACGCAAUAAGGAUGAUCAAUUUGAUCUGAAAUUGCUCAUUUCUGAAGCUUUGAGAUUAGCUGGAGCUUUUAAUCUUGCAGAUGUUGUGCCUUGGUUGGGAGCAUUUGAUCUCCAGGGACUAAGACAUCGAUGUAAGGAAAUAAGCAAAGCACUUGACCAGUUGUUUGAGAAGAUCAUAAAGGAGCAUGAGGAAGCUCGUAACAGCCACAAGGAUGGGAAAAAUGAAGACUAUAUAGACAUACUACUCUCGCUAAUGCAUCAACCCAUGGAUGACGAACAAACUCAUCAAAUUACUCGAGACGACAUCAAGGCCAAUAUACUAUCUUUGAUUUCUGGGGCAUACGAGACUUCUGCUAUUAGUGUCGAGUGGACUCUAUCUGAACUUUGCAGGAAUCCAAGGGUGAUGAAGAAUCUACAAGAUGAGCUAGAAAUUGUGGUUGGAAUGAACAGAAUGGUGGAAGAGAUGGAUUUAUCAGAGUUGAAUUACUUGAACCUGGUGGUGAAGGAGAAUUUCAGACUCCAUCCUGUUACACCAUUCAUCCCUCGAGCAUCAGCAAAGGAUGUUAUGGUUGGUGAAUACUACAUAGAGAAAAAGUCACGAAUCUUAGUAAACUUAUGGGGACUAGGACGGAAUCCUCAGAUAUGGUCGGAUAAUGCUGAUGUGUUUUAUCCAGAAAGAUUUUUGAACAAUAAUAUAGAUCUGCAAGGACAUGAUUUUCAAUUCCUGCCAUUUGGUUCAGGACGCAGAAAAUGUUUUGGAAUGCAACUGGGUCAAACUACAGUUAAACUGGUGGUAGCUCAACUCGCACACUGCUUUAAUUGGGAGCUUCCUUCUGGGAUGAAGCCUGAUGAUUUGGACAUGAAUGAAUCAUUUGGCCUCUCGUUGCCAAGAUCUAAGCAUUUGUUAGUUGAGUUAACUCGUCGCCUGUCUUCUAAGGUUUAUGAUUAUGGGGAACAUGAUAUAUAAUACUCCCCUCGACGCACCAAUUCAAGGAUGAUGAAACAAAACCAUGGGAUUAGUUGAGAUUACAUCAAGGUUAAUUACUGUACUAUGACUAAUAUUGGAGCAUAUGAAGCCACUGCUCUGUUGAAGACUGUGGUUUUUAUUUGAACUGUUAUAUACAGUGAAUGAUAUUUGUAUCUAAAUAAUACUUCUGUUUGUUGGUUGAUAUGUGA